AUGGCCCGAAAUCCCUCAUUACGGCUCCGUCAGGCCGUCCAGAAAAACGACCUCAAUCUGGUGAUGAGGCUCCGGUACAAGACAGACCUCCGGAACACGGACGAGAGGCGCCUGACAUCGCUCGCCUGGGCCGCACUGAGCGUCUCCAAGGACGUCUUCGAGUGGUUGUUAUUAGAUGCUGGGCAUGAUGAUGACGAGCUGAGCAGGGAUUCGGAGAAUAGCACGAUCCUGCACCUCCUAGCCUCCCUCCCUUCUCCCGAAUAUAACAACAACAAUUAUAACACCCCGAACUCCAGCUUCGGUCCGAACAUGAGUACGACGGGCGGGAAGGAGAAGAAGAAAGUGGAGAUCUUUCAGGCGGCUUUGAGGAUGACGAACAUGUAUUGGGAUGUCUUCCCCGACCUGAUAGACUGGUCAAACUCGGCGGGGAAGACGGCGUUGCAUAUGGCCUGUCAGAGUGGGAAUACCGAGUUGGUCAGGACGCUUUGUGAGCUCGGAGCGGAUAUGCAGUUGACGGACUUGCAAGGCAAUUCUCCGUUACACUACGCCUCGGCUUGGAACAACCUCGCCUGCAUCAAGAUCCUGCUCGAAUUCGGCUGCCCUUCUUCUUCCCGGAACAACGAAUCCUUCACCGCGCUCGACUAUGCGUUCUCGACGACGCUCGCUAGAGAAUUCGCCCUCGCCAUCAGGGAGGCUGGGGAGGCGAGGAGGUUGAGGAGGAUACAGGGGACUUCGGGGGCUUCGGGGGCGGAGUCGAGGUCGGGGUCAGGGUCG